UGUGUGUGCAAAGGAAAAUAACUUUGGAUGUGUUCUCAGGAAAGAUGCAUCAGGAUCCACCCCAAAGGGGCAGGGACACUGCUACCUCUUUCUUUAUAGGCCUUUUCAUUUCCCCUUUUUUCAGUGAAUGUGCAUUCAUUUGGCAUGCAAACAAUGAGAAAAAUUAGCAGAUUUAGAAAAGAAAAGAGAACCCAAGAAACAUCAGGGGCCCUGAACUUGAGUUCCAGCUCAGAGCCACGUGUGCUGUGUGACCCUGGGUCUGUUUCUUAACCUGUCUGAGCCUCACCUCCUCAUCUCCAAGGGCAGCUGGAAGAGGUAACAGAGUGAAUACCCAGGAAAGGUUUGGGACAGGGCCCAGCACACAGGAGCUCAGGGUGUGACAAACUCUUUCUGUAAAGGGCCAGAUAGUAAAUAUUUUCAGCAUUGCAGCCCUUGGUCUUCCAUUGCAACAUGAAAGCAGCCAGGGGCAAUAUGUACACAUAUGGCUGAGCAAAAGGGAGCUGUGUCCGCUCAGUCCAAAAAGAUUUAUUGAGCACCUACUGUGUACCUGGCGGUGUUAGGUGCCAGGGAUGCAGAAGCCUUGUGCUCGGAGAAAUGACAUUUUUGUCUACUAAGUGAAUGAUUCAAGGUUUGAGGGAUGCUGGGUGCAUUUUGUUCAAAAAUAGGAGUAAGAGUGCUCACUUCUGCAGCACAUAUACUAAAAUUGGAAUGACACAGAGAAGAUCAGCAUGGCUCCUGUGAGAGGAUGACAUGCAAAUUCAUGAAGCGUUAAAAAAAAAAAGAAAAUAGGAGGAAGAGGAGGAGUGUAUAUCAACUGCUGGGACCACCCCCCCUUCCCACAAACCGUUCUCCAGUGUCGCUAGCCCAACCUUCCUGGGCUCCCAUCUCAGACCAAAAGCCAAAUUCCUUGAAGUUCUCAAGUGGCUGCCUGGGGACUCCAGGUCCCCAACAUCCACACCCCAGACGCAGGCAUGCAUGUAGUCACUUGCAGGGGAUUGGCCGGAGGUGGGCAACAUCUGAGCUGGGGAAGUGAGGCCAGGCCCAGAAAGGGGGGGGAGAGGCAUCCCUGGUGGGAGGGGCAGACCUCAAAAAGGCAUGGAGGCAACCAGUAGAUGUUUUUCUCACGCAUCAAUGUGUCUCUUCCUCUUUCUCCCUGACCUUCUCUCUAAAAAAUAAAUAAAAUCUUAAAAAAGAAAAGGCACGGCGGGGGAACUAGACAGGUUAUGUCGUGAACUAAAGCAGUGGUCUGGGGUAGACCUUGCACCCUUUCACCCUCCAGAGAGGCGUCCACCUCACCCACUCCCUCCUCUUCUCCGCUCAGGGUGCUGUAGCUCCUAUCCGUGUGGGGCCCCGCCGCCUCCCUAGACCACUUGCAACCGCGGUUUCUAUGAUGACUCCCCUUUCUCUUUCACUUCCUUGGCCUCCUCUGCCUAUCUAGAAUGUCACCAUCCCCAGCACCCCUGCCCCUGCCCUGAGCACACCUCACAGCUGUGGCUGCCCCAAGACAUCCUCUGGGGCCCUUGGACUCCAGGGGAGUGGACCCCAAAAGCCCACUCCUCUUCUGUCUCCGAGUCAGAGACCCCUUUACCUCCCCCCAGCCCUGACUCCAGCCCAUGCCUUGUGUCUCCCAUUCCAAAGGGGCCAAGAAAGGUUAAACUGGACAUGAAAGGGACUGUAUCGCAGAAGGAAGGGGCUCUGGAGCUUCCCCUCCCCCAGCUUCAUAACUCCAAACCUCAGGCCCAGACCAGGUGGGGCCCUUCACAGAGCAGCAUGCCAGAGCCCUGACCCCUGCUCUCCUCCUGGUCUGCUCCAUGGCCCUGGGAGCCCUGGACUUAACAGGCAAGGGGGAUGGGGACCCGAUGGGGCUACCCAGUUCUGGCCAGUGCAGCACUGGUCCAUCUGCAGAUCAGCAGAAUGUAAAUUCACUUCCCAGGGAGACUGUGUCUCUGCAUAUGAGAGUUCUCAGAAAAGGAAUUAAUAUGACCAUGAGUUAAUCUCCUCAAUAUACAAAGAGUUCCAACAAAUCAAUAAAGAAAGUGUUUAGUAAGCGGAGCUAUCAUUAUCAUCAUCAUCAUCAACACCGUUGUUGUUGAGUCUCCUCUGACUGAGAAAACCACCCAAUCCUCCAUGAAAAGAUCCGUCAAGGACUAUAGUCCAGGAGUUCUGGGUUCGAGACCCUCUUCCAUGUAGCCCCAUCUUCAACCCAGUUUUGGGUUGGACAAUACUGGCCCUUACUCAGGGCUUCUGGGAGCUGGUUAGUUGGGGCUAUAAAGGACAGUUGCCUGUUUCAUAACUGCUUAUCAGAUGGGAAGGACGUGGGCCCACCUGUGGGUGAAACUGGCCCCUUAGAGACGGUAGCUGUCCUGGGGCUACAACCCUGGUCCCCUCCCGCCCUCUCUGUGCAGCCUUGGCCAAGGCACUUAACCUCUCUCUGCCUCAGGUUCCCCACCAGUGACGUGAGGAUAGAAAUAAUACAUCCUUGGGUCAUUCCAGGAUUAAAUGAUUUCCACAUAUCUGAAGCUUCAGUUGAUAUUUAUAUAUUUUUAAAUCGCUCAAGGAUAUGGUGUUUUUUAAAUUGAUUUUUAGAGAGAGAAGAAGGGAAAGGGGCAGAGGGGAUAUCUAUGUGGAUAGAAACAUCAAUUGGCUGCCUCCUGCACGUACCCUGAUCAAACCCAAAACCUCAGUAUAUGCCCUGACCAGGAAUCAAACCCACCAACUUUUUGUGAAUGGGACGACACUUCCAACUGAGCCACACAUCCACGGUGUCAGCUGAUAUUUAUGUCAACCCCCCAAGGGUGUGUGGCUGGAAGAACUGACCAAGAUGCUGGGUAAAUUGGGGGACAGAGAAGGAUCAACAACCUCAAGGCGGUUGAAUCAUCGGUGUCCCAGAACCACCAGUUCAGAUCUGGUCGUUGCUGAUGGGGCCUGGCAGGGCCUCCAACCACAGACCACAGCUGGGUUCCCCCUUUCCGGGCCGUUGAAUGAGGGCUCCUGGGGGGCCAGGAUCAUUGGGGGCCGAGAGGUGAUCCCACACUCCCGUCCCUACAUGGCAUCGGUGAGCUUCAAUGGCCAGCAUCACUGCGGGGGCUUCCUGCUCCGCGCCCGAUGGGUGGUCUCAGCGGCCCACUGCUUCAGCAACAUAGACCUCCGAACGGUUCUGGUGGUGCUGGGGGCCCACGCCCUUCGCACCUCAGAGCCCACUCAGCAGGUGUUUGGCAUCUCGGCUGUCAUCGGGCACCCUGACUUCCACCCCACAACCCACGCCAAUGACAUCUGUCUGCUGCAGCUGAACAGCUCUGCCAUCCUGGGUCCUGCAGUGGGACUGCUGGAGCUGCCUAAAAGAGAUGCCAGGCCACUCAAGGCCGGGGCGUGGUGCCGGGUGGCUGGCUGGGGCUCUGUGUCCAACUUUGAAGAGCUGCCACCUGGGCUGAUGGAAGCCAAGGUCCGCGUGCUAGACUUGGACAUCUGCAACAGCUCCUGGAGUGGCCACCUGAGCCCUGCUAUGGUCUGCACUCACAGUGGGGACCGACGGCGACGAGGCUUCUGCUCAGCAGACUCUGGGGGGCCCCUGGUGUGCAGGAACCGGGCCCACGGCCUCGUUUCCUUCUCCGGCGUCUGGUGUGGCGACCCCAAGACUCCAGAUGUGUACACACAGGUGUCCACUUUCGUGCCCUGGAUCUGGGACGUGGUUCGGCGACACCUGCAUGACCCUCAGCCCAGCCCCCCACCCAGGACCACUGGGGCCCCCACGGGGGCUGCCCAAACCACAGCAGCACUGGGUACACAAAUGAGAUGACACCCAGUGCAAACAGCUCCAGCCUGGGAAACUCCGUGGCUGGGGGAGGGGGUCCAUGGGGCCCCAAACCCAGGAAGCUUUGGUUGGGGUGUGGGCAUCAGUUACAAACAAAAAGGGCAAAAUUAACUGAAUAAAUGUUAACUA